AUUUUAAUUUUACUUGGCCCGACAAAUAUAAAUUCCCAAAUAUUGAAAAUUAAAGAAAAUUAAGCAAUUUUGUAUCUAUUCGAAAAGCAAAUUGAUCGAAAGUUUGUAAACAGUAAUGCAUACUAUUGGACGUAAGAACUUAAGUAGUGAAGAAGUGGAGGAGGUACAUAAAUGGUUAAGACGAAAUAGUGUGUGUACAAACAGAUUGAGGCGAGAGUUUUCUGAUGUUCUGCCCCUUGCUGAAUUAUUAAAGCGCGAUUAUCCUCGCUUGAUUGAUCUAUUCAACUACCCGAAAAAAAAUAGUGUUCAACUGAAAUUGGCUAACUGGGAAACAUUCAACUUUAAAGUGCUCUCUAAGUUUAAUAUGACGUUAAGUAAAGAGUUAAUGGAACUCCUAGCUAACGGUAUCAAUGGGGCUGCAGAAGUUUUGUUACAUGAAGUUAUUAGAUUAGAGAAACGGCAGCGCUUAGCAGAAGAACGUAAUGCCAUUUUGCGACAAGAACAGGCAUGGGAAGAAAAUGAUGAAGUCAAAACCGUUGUAAUUAACAAGCAGGUUGGUGAUGGCAUUGUUCAAAUGCCACAAAAAAUGAUUCUUUACUCCCUUUAUGAAAAAAUGGCCCGUGAUAGCCAGUCCAAAGAUGUUAUUAUAGAUGCUUAUCAACAACGAUUGGCUCAUAUGGAAAAUAUAAUCAAGGUUAAAACUGAGCGUAUAGAAGAGCUGCUAAUGCAAAUGGGAAAAAUGCCUCAAAAAGAAAUUUGUACAUCAUCAAAUUGUUUUGUUGCAUCUGUAGAUAUCGACAGUUCUAUGUAAUAUAAAAAAAGUAUUCAUUCACACAAGGUUUCUUCAAAUUAAAACAAGCAAGGCCCAAAUUGUCAAAUGGCAAAGAAAUUGAAACUUUGAAAAAAAUUAAUCCAUCACAUCCAUGACAUAAAAAUAAGCAAUGCCCAAAUUGCUAAGCUGCACAUACAUAUUAAAAAAAACCAACUCACCUAUUAUGGAAAAAAACUUAAUGAGAACUUAUUAUUCACAGUUUUUUAAAAGUCUUUUGGCAAUCGAUUUACGCUGUUGGUAGUUUCAUGGAAAUUUAAUGCAUAUUAAAUUGUAU